AUGGAGUUCUUGACCCUAAGUCAAGGAUCUAAGUUUGUCCUUGAUUACCAACAAGCGUUCAAGGAUCUUUUCUAUUUUGCCCCGGACCACAUGAAGGUCGAGGAUGUCAAAGCAAGAAAGUCCGAGAGAGGUUUGAGGCACAGUAUUAGUACUUCAGUGGUGCUACACAAGUAUCCCACUUAUGCUGAAGUGGUGCAAGCCGCCAAGGUCAUCGAAGACCAGCAGUGGGAAAAUUACAGGGCCGUGCAAGCUGGCAAAAGGCCCAUGGGGUCUUUCGGCUUUAAGGGUCCUGGUAAGUUUCAGAGGGGAUCCUACUCUACCACCUCUCCGACUCAGUACCACAAACCUGACGCAGCCCAGGCACCCAAGACAGCUGCAGCCCCUCAUUAUGGAACUCAGACUCUUAUGUGCUAUAACUGCAAUGAGGUCGGGCAUAUGAUUAGAGACUGCCCUCAUGCCCGUCAGGGAAACUCUUGGCCAAUUGUGUCUUCUAAGGCACCUCAAGCAAAGAUUACCAUUCACCCUCCCCUUCCUUCUACAGCCAACAAGACUCAAGGGCGUGUGUACUCAGUCACCAAUGAGGAAGCCUAUGUGGAUCCAGGUAUGAUAUCUAUUUGUUCCCAACCAGCGUAUGUGUUGUUUGAUUUGGGGGCGACGCAUUCGUUUGUUUCCCCCUCUUUUGCCAAGAAGAUACCGAUCAAACCAAAGCUAAUGGCCAAGAAUCUGAUGGUUGGUACACCAACGGGUGCCAAUCUAGUCUAUGCAGAGACGAAGAUUCAGUUUAAACCAAAAGGGGGUAUAGAGUUUACUUUCAAGGGUAUUAAACGGGAGAGACCCAAGAAGGCUAUCAUUUCUGCCCUUCAAGUCCAUAAGCUAUUAGAUGAAGGCUGUCAAUGUUACCUAGCCUUUGUGGUGGAUACUGAAGCUAAGAUUAAGCCUAUGGAUGAGAUAAGUGUGGUAAGGGACUUUCUGGACAUCUUUCCAGAAGAUCUGACACGGUUGCCACCAAACUGUGAGACGGAGUUUAUGAUAAACCUAGUACCGGGUGCAGCCCCAGUAUCUAAGGCUCCCUACAGGAUGGCAUCAAUGGAAUUCGAGGAGCUACAAGAACAGCUUCGAGACCUCUUGUAG